CAAAAGAUUGGCUCUAUGCUCACAAUUUGGAUCAUUGAAUUCAAAUCACUCCAAAGCCCAAACAACAAAAGCAUCUACACUUUUAAAAAGCUGUACAGAAACCAGACCCAGCUGAACAAAGCAAGAUUUCAACCGAGUGAAGCAAGAAACUAAGAAAGAACAAAAAGAAAGCCCGAUAAACAAUCUCACAACGCCACUAUAAAGCCAACAACACCGAAUCAAUCCUUUGCUACCAACCAACCUGAAACCAUGGCAUCUGUCGAAAAUAUGUCAACUGAGCUUCCGCCUCCUGAUGUUGCACCUGAAAAGGCUGUUGACAGUGACGCCAUUCCAGUCUGGUUCAAUGUGCGCCGCACCACCUCUUCGCCUUGCAAAUCCUGCGCCUUUAUGUGUGGGAUGUGGAUCCUUACUUUUGCCACAUUGGUCUUCCUGAGCGUGGCGGUGGGAACCUUGGAGUUUGAACUAGGUGUACCUUUCUAUGACAGAGCCGAAAUCAACCAGGAACGAGAAGAUUCCUACAAGGCCACCAAUCGUGAUGCCGAUUGGGUGGCCGCCAUUGGAUCUGGAAGUGGCGCCAAUGGUGACUGCGUCCACGAGAGCCCCACUGUCUUGACGCGCAAUGGGACGCUCCUCCAAGGACCCGCCCCCUCGAGGAACUGUCAGAGAGCUGGAACUCAUACCCUCAACGUCCUUUUCGUUUCCAAGGAUCGCAAGCGCAACAUCUUGACGGCGGACAACCUCAAGCAGAUUCAAAACAUUGAAGACCAUAUCCUCGCCAGUCAAGACCUGACCAAGUACUGUCAUCUCAUUGAUUCCAACUACACAGUCUUUCCUAGCCGUGACCUGGAAGAGUGGGAAGACACCAUCUUGGAUUCCGCUGGUGCCACCGAAAUGAAUCAUGCUGCGUGCCGCCGCAUCUCGUCGCCUCUCAACUUUAUGGACCCCCUCUACUACGAUUACGUCAACGAAACUGGACUGGGAUACCACCUGGUGCCGAGCGAUGUCGUCCCGCAGGAUUACAACCUGGAACAAGACAACAUUUUUUCGGUGGUGAGCUACUGGGCAGGGUUUCCCGAACUCAAAACUUUUAAUUUGAGCGGCUACCCCACCGCCGUGUCUCAGACCGGUGGAACCUCCUUGACGCUCCCCAACAUGUUCCACAAGGUUGUCUCCUCCGAGUUUACUACUGGCAGUACCGAAGCAGUUGGAUUGAUCUCGUCGUAUCCCUUGGGUUUGCCCAUUCAUGGCUAUGCAAGCUCGAGCGAGUCGCGAGAUGAACAGUUCGAGGAAACGGGUCAGUGGCUCUGGGAUGAAUUCGAUACCUACCUGAAGGGAGCGAGCUUUGGCGAUGUAGAUGUGUACUUUUCGGACAGUGAAGGGCAAAUGGCAAUGGCCGAAGGAGGAUACCUCGCGAUGGUCUCCUUUAGCUUCUUCCCAGCUUCCAUCUUCUUUGUCCUCGUGUACCUGACCUACAUGCAAGAUUCCAUCUUUAUUGGACUGGUCGGUAUCAUGCAGAUCCUACUGUCUUUUCUACCUGGUGUCCUUCUUUACCGAUACCUCUUCCAGGAAACCUACUUGGGAAUCCUCAAUCUAAUUGCUGUAUACAUCAUCCUCGGAAUUGGAGUUUCCAACCUCUUUGUGUUCUGUGAUCAAUUCAACCAUCAUGUGGGCGAGAAACGAUUUGAUCAGCGCAUGCAAAAGACCUUCAACACGGUUGCCAGGACAUGCUUCAACACCAGCUGUACCACCUUUGUCUCUUUCAUGUCAAAUGCCGUCUCAGUCUUUCCUGCAGUGGCCGCGUUUGGUCUCUUCGCGGCACUCUUGGUCCUUGUGAACUAUUGCGCAGUGAUCCUCUUUUUCCCUUCUGCCUACGCUGUGUAUUUCAAGCACAUCAAGCACCGCUGGUACGACCAUCCUUCCCGUAUCAUCUGCUGCAAUACCACCCCCUGGACCGACGACAUUUUUGUGGUCGCCGAGGUUACAAACGACGACAACGUUAAGGCAAGCCACGAGAACGACAGUGAUGAAUACGGUGUCGAGAGGACGGAAGUGAGUGAAACGCAAACCCAGGCGGACGAAGAAAGCCGCCAAGGUGACUCUCGAGGACUCGUCACCUUCUUUCGAGAAACCUGGGGACCCAUGGUGAUCAAGUUCCGCUUCUUGAUUGUCAUCUUCUUCCUGGGAGUCUUUGGUGGAGCCUUGUACUUGAUGGGUCAACUAGAGCCAGAAGAAGACAUCCCUCAAAUCCUCCCCGAUUCCAACAACUAUGUCCAGUACUCUGAUGUUUUGCUGGAAAACUUUGCACGAGCUGGCAACCCAACAGCCAUUCAAGUUUACUGGGUCUCUGGAAUCAACCCGGAUGAACCCAUUGACAGAACUGGUACAGUCGACACCAACACAACGGACUACGGAGUGAGCAACUACGUGGACUGCAAUGCGUAUGACCCAUCUACUCCUGCCGCCCAAGUCUGGGGCUUGCAAACUUGCCAUGACAUGUUCUUUGGCAACGUCACCGAAUACCAUGGAGGCAACGCGGACUUUGUUCAGGAUGGAGCCAAGGGACCCCGUGCGAGACGUAUCAUAUCCGAUUUGAUCGAACCCAGUGACUUCAACUACUACUCCAUGCUGUCGUGUCCCGCCCAAGGCAUGCGCGAUUGGCUCUUGACGGAUAAUGGAUGUGCGGCUCUAACCAACGUGUCGCUUCCCUGCUACGAAGAGACCCGGCUCCGAGAAGGUUGCACCACUUGGGACACGGAGGGCAACUCCUGCGAGCCCUACCCGGUCCCGUCCGAGCACUACGGAGCCUUGUUAGAGCAGUUCUUGUUUGAUCCCCAAGCUGACCCCACUACUCGCCUGACCAAUUACGAGAAGUACUACGAUCAAAUCUUUGUGGCCCAGACGGACGAACUCACCGACAAGCAACAGGACCAAAUCGAGUCUCAAGAUUUCUCGUGCCGUCAUGUUCCAGAACGCGAUUUGGUAUUGUUGUCCAUCUCAUCGAAGGCUACGCUGGAGCAAGACUUUGGCUUGAGCUACGAAGAUGGAAUUGAGCUGUACGAGCUUUGGGAUUCUUGGAGCGGACAGAUGAAACAAGCCGGUCCUCGUGAAAUGACGGGGACAAUGCAAACGUCGAACGGAGCUUGGGCGUUUUACUACUUGAGUGAAACGCUUAUUGACGAAACUUACUCCUCCAUUUACCUGGCAUUGGGUCUGGGAUUUGUGAUUCUUGCCGUGGUUGGAGGCAACCCCAUCAUGGCCUUUUUCAGUGUCUUUACCAUUUGCCUGAUUGUGGUCGACGUGUUUGCCUUUACAGUGUUGAUGGGUUGGAGCCUGGGAAUCCUGGAAGCCGUCAAUUACGUGGUGGUGAUUGGUCUUUCCAUUGACUACUGCGUGCACAUGAGCGAAGCCUACACCAAGUCCCACUCGACCGAGCGGUUCCCACGUGUGAUUCACACCUUUGAGGAAAUGGGAAUCUCCGUGCUAUCUUCCUCCUUGUCGACUUUGGGUGCCAGUUUCUUCAUGUUCUUUGCCCCUGUCGUCUUCUUUGUCAAGUUUGCCGCCUUUAUCUUUGUCACAAUCACCCUGUCCGCCAUCUAUUCCUUGACGUUCUUCCCCGCGGUCUUAUCGAUUAUGGGCCCCACGGGUGAUUUUGGCAAUUGGCACUUUUGGGUGAGCAAGAUGCUCAACAAGAACAAAAACAAGAAUGCUGAAUCGUCUCCUCGAGCCACUCCUUCUGCUUCAAACCUUCCCUUGGAAACCAUCACGUUUGAUCAUUUUGAUCCUCUGCAAGUCGAAACUGAAGUUGAGGUCUAGCUAGCUAGAUUUGAUCCGGCCGGCUAUACCAGUCGGCAUCUUGAGACAGUUCGCUGCCUCCAAUAUACCGGUAUAUGUUCCCAGUUUGUCCUAAAAGUCUGUACAUAAACGAAACAAGUUAUUAGAAGAUUAGAUCCCAUUGUGUGUGUCAGACCUUUGUGGGGGUUCUUGACUGGUGUCAUCAUCGUUGUGGCGAGUCAGCGACGUAUGUUCUAGCCGAUUGUUGCCUUCUGCAAAAGCGCCUGGCUGUGCUGCACGCCUCGGCUCGUGGAUAAGGUACUUGGGGUUUGGCUUGUUGCAAGAUCUCCGAUUCUCUUGCUUCCUGUUCGUACACGUGUUCGAUGGUUUCUUGCGUGUCCGUGGGGUAAUUUGUGUCCUUGUAUACCUCUUUCGUGUUGAUGGGUACGCAAUGCGAUCCUUGGCUUCUUGAAGCAUGGGAGAAUUGACGGGCGGGGGAGCAGGACGCCGGUUUGCAUCAUUAUUGGCUGAAGUGGUGUUGGUAUGUUGGUGGCUUCCUGGCGGCCCUGAACGAGUUCGGGGAUACUAGUAGUGAAUGAUCGUCAUUCGUUCGUCCUAAGUUUUAGUUACGAAUUGUAGUCUCUAGCUAGAAUGCCUUCUAAAUAAAACCGGACUUCAAAAAUAAACGUGGUCUUUUAACAACGCACUCGUCCUGCAUGCACCUCUCCUCUGUCAGCCGAUUAAAGUGGUCCUGAUAGUGUGGCUAGAGCUUCCGACGAGGCACCUCUGUGGCUACUGGUAUUCAUAUCUGAAACUAACAGGGUACGUGUAUAGUCUAACUUAGUCCGGAGCCACAGCCAUGGUACCUGGUACCAGCAUGCACAUACAAUGCUACCCCGCAAUAUGACUGUCACUCAAUCUUGUUUUCUCUGGCAAAAAAGCUUAUUUAGCGCGUUUAAAAAUCCGCAGAAGGUCAGCUUUAUCAUUCAGGUAGAUAUGGUAAUAACCGUUUUAAUGCAAAUAUGCAGACAUUGAAUUGCAUGUUUACUCCAAUGACCCGUUGUGCGUUUAUUCUGGCUGACGCUGCCAUCGUCGCACCGGCGGGGUGGUACCGGUACUGCUCAGGACAGCCAACGAGCCAACCUACCUAGUAACC